AUGUAUGCUCUUAACAAUAUUUCAAUUCCAUCUGUAAUAUUAGUAUGUAUAAAUUCGACUGAUAGCACCGAUCGUUAUAGUUGUAUAGCAAGUCGCAUAAUUGGAAUUAUUUUAUUACUUGUAUCAAUAAUUUGUGCAAUAAUUGAUAUUCGUUUUUUGUAUUGGUCAUCGAAUCAGAAAUAUUUACAUUGUAAUUAUUAUCCAUUCAUAGUGGCAAUGUUUGCUGGUUCAUUAGGAAUUACUUUUAUUAUAAUACCACCCAUUAUCAUUCAAUGUUUAUGGUGUCGACGAUUUUGUUUUCCAAUCUAUUGUAAAUUAGAAGGUUUCUUAAUUUAUUUUACCGGUUGUGCUUACAUGUACAUGCUAUUUAUGUUAUCCAUUAUUCGAUAUACAACGGUUUUUCAUCCAAAAAUUACCAAAAUGUUAUUACAUAGACGCAAUUUUCUAGCUGUUUUAUGUUGUUGGGUAUUGGCGCUUCUAUUUGCCAUACCACCAUUAUUUGGUAUAAAUAAUUUUGUCGCUGAAGGUCUUGGUUUUCAUUGUGGUCUAGAAUGGAACGAUGCAUCAUCAAGUAAAUUGUAUCUUCUGUUUAUAUUUCUAUUCGUUUACUUUAUUCCCUUAACACUUUUACUUUUAAUGAAUGUUCGUUUAUAUCGUACAAUAUGUCAGUUAAUAUCGACUAAAUUAAACAUAAAAAAGCAGUGGGAAUCCAUACGUCUAUCAUCGUUGACAUCAUCAAAUCGCAAACAAUCAUAUCAAACAAAUAAGAGAAUAAUUUCUAAUAAUGAAAAACACGCAUAUAUUCGUACUCACCUUUUAGAUCGUUCUACCAUAAUGCACAAUAAACAUUCACCUCUUAAAUUUGUAUAUUAUAUGCAUGAUGGAAAAGAUGUCAGAAAAUACUUGAACGAUAAAUUAUUGAUUUGUCAUGCUCAAAAAUUAAAACGUUUAAAAAUUGAUAGACGUUUUGCAAUAGCAACAAUAUUUUUUGUUACUCAGUAUGUUCUAUGUUGGGCACCAUAUGCGACUGUAGCAUUGUUUCAAAUAUUUGGCAUUUUAUUAGUAAAAAAAUAUCCGAUAAUCUUAGCCGCAUGUGCAUUAGUAGCCAAAUUGUCGAUAAUUGCAAAUCCAAUAGUUUAUAUUUUCACUAUAAAAUGGAAUGGAUUAAUGACAACUGUUUUUAAAAGACGUUAUUUUUUUUAA